UCUGUAUAAAGAAGACUGAUUUGUUGGACGCAUGCUGUUACAUAUUCUGGCAUUAGCUGCAUUCGUGGUGUCAGCUGCUAGCCAUGGUCGUGUCUUGGAGCCACCGUCGAGGGCUUCUAUGUGGCGGAAGGGAUUCCCCACUAAGCCCAACUAUGAUGACCAUGGUCUCAAUUGCGGCGGUUUUGGACGUCAAUUCAACAUGAAUAGAGGAAGGUGCGGCCUCUGUGGAGAUCCCUGGGAUGCCCCCGAUCCUAAACGCCACGAACUUGGCGGAGAGUAUGGCUCGGGCCUUAUUGUAGCCACCUACUACUCUGGCCAAGUAUUUACAGCGGAAGUAGAGAUCACCGUUCACCACAAAGGGUACUGGUACUUCAAGAUUUGCCCAGACCCUAAUUCCAAAGAUCAGGCUUGCUUUGACAAAUACCCUGUACAAUUAGAAAAUGGGGGAAAAUACUUCUUCCCACCGAACGCAGGGGUGUUCAAAGUUAAAUACCGUCUACCCGCAGGUUUAAUUUGUGAGCACUGCGUCCUUCAAUGGAGAUAUAUAGCUGGUAACAACUGGGGUUAUUGCGGCGGGGGAAGAUCUGGUUUGGGAUGUGGAAAUCAAGAAACCUUUGGCGCUUGUUCUGAUAUAACCAUCAGAGGACCAGCUCAUCCUGUACCUGAAGGGGGCCCGGCGCCUGUGGAAACUGCUCACAACGAUUAA